AUGGGAUCUACCCAGGAACUUCCAAUCAUUUGGCGUACUGAGAGCCUUGAGUCCGAGUACGAGCGAGCACGUGUAGGACGAGUUUUCAAUCAACGCCGACCUCGACGACAUCCACGUGCAGUGGUAGAAGCCACAGAGGAAUCACAUAUUGUUGAGGCCGUUCGGCUUGCCAUCCAACAGCAAUGUCGUGUCUCAGUCCGCUCAGGAGGUCACAGUUGGGCUUCCUGGAGUGUCCGUGAUGACGCCAUCCUGAUUGACCUGGGGAAUUACCACCUCCUGGAGCUCGACGAAACCAAGGGGACCGUCACUGUGUCACCCAGCACCACAGGCCGAGUCCUCAAUGGGUAUUUGGCUCAGAAAGGUCUCAUGUUCGCGGGCGGCCACUGCCCUGACGUCGGCGUUGGGGGUUUCCUUCUGCAAGGAGGUAUGGGGUGGAAUUGCAAGAAUUGGGGCUGGGCAUGUGAGCAAGUUCUGGCCAUCGACGCCGUCAAUGCCCAAGGAGACCUGGUCCAUUGCAAUGCCACCGAAAAUCCCGAGCUGUUUUGGUGUGCUCGAGGGGCUGGCCCUGGAUUUCCUGCUGUGGUCACCAAGUUUCAUCUUCGUGUGAAGCCAUCAUACUCAAACAUACUGUCUACCACCUUGGUCUACCCCAUGUCACACUAUCGAGUCGUCAUGGACUGGAUAGUCAAAAUCUCGCCGGAAUUCGAUGCCGAUACAGAGAUCGUGGCGGUGGGAGCAACAGCUCCUCCGGAGGUGGGCACACGCAAACCGUGCAUCAUACCCCUAUUUGUGACCUUCAAGAACUCAGACGAAGAGGCACGCGCAGCUCUGGAACAAGCAAACCGGAGCCGACCAGAAGGCGCUCUCCUCGAGUUGAUCAAUCAACCGACCAGUCUGGCGAACGAGUACAAGAAGCAAACAGCGGCCAACCCGGAGAAUCACCGUUACUGUGCAGAGAAUGCGUAUAUUAGCAACGAUGAGAAUGUGGCAGCCGUGUUAGAGGAAGCCUUCACCACGUUACCGCAUCCCAAAGCGUUUUCCCUCUGGUACUCGAUGAAUCCAUGUAGCAGGAGGGAUCUGCCAGACAUGGCUCUGAGCAUGCAAAGCGAUCAUUAUUUUGCUCUGUAUACCGUCUGGGAACACGAGUCCGAUGAUGACCGAUGUCAGGCAUGGGUGAAAGACAUCAUGCGAAAAGUCGAGAGGCACAGUGAUGGGGCGUAUUUGGGCGACUCGGAUUUCCAAGUUCGUCGCACUAAGUUUUGGGCCGAUGAAAAUGCGACGAGGUUGAUGGAACUGCGACGCAAACUGGAUCCUGAUGGCGUAAUCUGUGGAUAUUUGGAUGUUGAUGAUGCCUCGGGCGUCGGGGGAUUGGCCAACGAACAUGAAUGGAAAGGAAAGUUGUAG